GAAAAUGAUUCUCCUCGUCUAACUUUAAAACUGAGGAGGAGCUGGCCUCCUUUUUUCUUAUUGCUAGUUCAGUAGGCAAACACUUGUAGUGCACAGAAGACCUGCAAAGGGAUAUUGUAAUGCCAAGUUAGGAGAAAAUCAGUGUUUGAUAAUGAGAAAUGUCUAAUGAGUGAAUGCUGGUGAGUCUGCUGUAUUCUGGGCAAAGUGUAGCUUGGGUAAGUUGUGCUUGUUAGAAAGGCAGUGGUACUCUUUCAGAGCCAGGAGCAUUAAUCCUUUGGCAAAAUUCCACUUUUCUCCACCUACCUACAUGUAACUGGCUCUCUUACAGAGUUGCCUCAUGUUCUUCCUUAGCUUAACAGUGAUACAGAAUUGCUGUGCACUACUGAGCAACUAAUUGUGUUUCUGGGGAUGUAGCUGCCUGUGUAUCCAUGAAGUGAAAUAGUGGCUCAGGAGGGCUCUGAGACUUAGAAACUGAGUUUUUCAGCUGCAGGAAAUUAGAGAGUAACAAAAGCAGCAAACAUAGGUGGUGCAUUGUUCAGCAUGCACAUAAUAGACCUGGAUCCUCUAACUGGUGUUGGGAGAAAAUCUGAAAUUUGCUGUGUUCUAAAGGCAUCAUUAUCAGAUAGGAGACAAACCUGGGCCACAGUUCAGUUGUAGAUUUUUUUUUUUUUUUUUUUGUGGCAUGUCUUUUAAUUUCAGAUAUUAAUACUGGUGUAGUUGCUGCUGUUCUUGGAUAUUAGAAUGAAGAAGUUGUCAUUGCUUUUAACCAAAAGGCAAUUUAGAUGCCAACCUUACAAAAUGUAAGCUGGUUCUUAAGCCUGACUAAGAAUAGUUUCACUGAAAUUACAGCCAUCCCUGGCAGUAACUUCAUUAAAUUCAUACAUUUUUCCAGGACUGACACCUUAGGAAAACAGUAUAGCAGAGGUAACACAUCUUGAGGUCAUUUGUGUCUACUACAUCUUCUGGUAUUUUUGAAACCUUCCAUUGCAAUGUUCUAUCUUGUCUCCAUGGAACACAGUGUGGUACAGUGCAAAACUGAAGAAAGACCAAAAUGUGUUUCUUAAGUUUGAUAUCUGUUGAAGGGCAUUUCAGACUGUCCACAGGACAGUGCCGAGUAUGCAACCUGGGAGUGCUCAGUGAAUGUUUGGUGGUUAUCUCAGGAGUUUUGUUGGCUGCUGUUCACUUGGCUCUAGUAUUUCCCUAGAGAGAUUUAUGACAGUGUGCCAGCUUUUUUCUCAUAGUGAUUCUUGCUGCCUCUGCCAUGUAGGGAGGUUGGACAAAACACGCAAUGCAGAGCUGUGCUUGUGGAUGUUGUCUGCUGAGUUUGUGCGAUGCACUGUUGGCUACUGCAGUGGUGGAAGCAGAGAUUUUAUCACACAAAUUAUGGUCAGAUGAGACAACUGACACUGUUCAGUAUUUUACUGAAAAUAGUUUUAAGUAGGUUGAAUGUCCCGACAUGUGGUCUGCCUUAACCAAGGAGCUGUGCAGGAAUCGGGGGCUGAGGGCUAGCACUCAGGUCUCUUGGGUCAGGUAUUAACUGUUAAGCUUUUAGGGAGCUGAGUUCCCUAAGCACAAAGUAUCAGUUUUUUGGCACACCACCAAGUGAAUCUGGGCCAUUCUGAAGCACUGAGUGAAAGAAUACUAAGACAGAAAUCCCCCUCUGCAGUGAUGGCCUUCAGAAAAAGCAGUUGCUGUUUGUGCAGUCUCACACAGCAAUACACACACAAACUCAUCCUGCACUGUCUGCACCUGAUGGAUAUUGAGGUUACUGGAGUUUAUAAGCCCUAUAUUUAUGUACCUGAUGUUGAGGUGUUUGCUAACACAGGUCUGUUAAUCAGGACAUGCCUUAGUAUUAUCCCCUAUGGAUGCAGGUACGGGGUGGUGGGAGCAGCAUCUUGUUGCUCUGAAGUACUAGUCCUGCUCACACAGCUGUGUGUCUGCACUCAGAAAUUCAAAGCGUCUUUCAAAACUGCAUUUGUUUCUGUUUUGUUUAUGAAAAACCUCUAUCCCAUAUUCACAGUGCUGUGAAUGCACUGAAAAAGCUAUCUUGUCUCACAGGAAUGUAGAAGGGAAGCUUGCAGGUAUAUUUAAUGCAACAGCUAAAUAUCCUUCUCUUCAGCAGUACCUGCUAGUAGAAGAAAUUACCAAUGCUCUUUAUACACUGAGUACUGAUAAGUGACAUCAGGCAAGAAGAAGUUUAUUUUUUCACUAGACUUAAUGACGUAGAUAGAAAUAAUAUUCCAGCACUAGGUAUGCAAGUGCAUCUUCCAUCAGGAAGCUAUAAAGUCUCUUUAGGGCUGUGCACAGCAGGUGGCUCAGGCUUCUGAUAUGCAUGAGGCAGGUGGAGGUGUAAGAGAGUUGGUGACAGUGCAGAACAGAUCCUGGGAGUGAGCAGAGGCAGAGGGGCAAUGGCUGGGGAGAGAGGGAGAUACCUGUGGUUUGUAGUCAUUGUGAAUGGAGAGGGGAAGGAAGGAGCUUAAAUAUCAUAUGCCAUAAAACCAGUGUUGUUAUUGAGCCUGUAUAAUUUUUUUCUCUUGGGCUCCAGGUUGGAAUGUUUUUUUAUGUUUCUAUUGAAGGCUGUGGAGUGACCAGGUUUGUGAGAGCCCCUCCUGUCUCCCCAUAGCAGUUCUGUCCUGGUGCAGCACAGAGCUGCAGCAGUGCUCUCCCCAAAGCAGUAGUCCUCAGAUUCAUCAGCAUGAAGUCCCAUCCACGUGCUGCUGGUUUUGAUUAUCUGAUUGGAGUUGUCCCACGUGAAAGUCAUUUGUGAAUCACUGUGUUAUUUCUGGAAGGCUGCUUCAAGGAAAGGUUGGCAAAAAGAUCCCUUUAAAUCACCACAUAUAGGUAGUAGCUAUGGAUGUUUUUUGGCAGCACAAAUUGGGGUUUUGGAGAGGGCAGAUGCUAAGCUGAGUGGAUGGUGUAUGGCAAGUUUGAUAAUGUUCUCAUGUUUAGUAACAAAGGCUAUUUCAGAUCUAUCUAGUCACUGCAAUAGUUUGUAUGAAGGUUGGACCCAUCCUGGAUGACUGCCUUCAAUUCACUGGCACUCUAGGAUCAAAUAUGUCUUAGAGAACAUUCAAUAUCACUUUUUUCCUAAGCUGCUGGAAGCCAGAAUGGUUACCUUUGAGCUGAUCUCUUGUGGAGCAGUUGAGUUGUAAGUAUUUCUUUAUGGCUCCAGAAAAUGACAUCAGUUUAGGUGCCAUAACUCUCCAUUUCCAUCUUUGUAUCCGUAAUUGGAUUUCUUGAAUCCUUCAGACAUGAAUUUCCUGGCGUUCAUUAUGCUUUCUGUUACUUAAAAAGAACUGCAGCCUAUUCAUGAAGUCCUACCUCCAGGUUACUGGUGUGUAUUGGCUAUACUGAUUUCUGUUUCACAGAGUUGUAACUCCAGGUCUUUUGAAUAUAGAUCUUUUAUUCCUCUCAAAAGCAAGUCAAGCAACACAAGUGGUCAAGGUGUGCUGGGGUUGGCCAUGCAACAGAGAGAUGCUCAGAAAAAUCUGUCACUGUUGAAACUAAUGACCUGUCAGUGGCUCUCCAUGCUGGCCUCUUCUCAUACUUCCCUAAUUCGCUGUCUUCAAAAACAUCCUUCAGAUUUGAGUGCUAUUUGAGUGCAAUAACAUAUACUCCUCAGAGCUAUUGGAGAUGCUUGCUAUUCUCUUUUUUUUCCUCCAAAAGUGUGAAGUUGUGCAUUAGCUCUGUUGAAGCCAGAAGAUAAAGCUUUGUUAAAUUGGUUUGAAAUGUCUUUUGUAGUUUUGGUGUUUUUUUUAAGGGGAUACAGUAGCAAAAAUUCUAUUGCAGAUGCACACAGAAAAACCUGUUGCACAGGACACUGCAUUUUUCAGUAGCAUAACUGACUUAACCAAAGAGAUUUAGCAAGCUUUGCAGCAUUGAUGUCAUCAAUUGGCUAAAUACUUUUGUUACAGAAACCCAAGCUACUGAAACAAGGACGUGAAUGUCCCUUUCUAACAAACAGUCCUUCUCCUGUGGUAAUGUUUCUAUAUCCUCUGUCCCUCUUUCACUGGACCUCAGUGUUCUCCUUGUUCUUUGUUCUGAAAGCUUUCUUUUCUGUAAGCCUCUUCCUUUCCGGUCACCCAUCCAUCCCUUUCUGUAGUAUCACCCUCUUUGUAUAGUUUGUCCUCUAGGGUUGUUCUACCUUCUCAACACGACCAGUGGAAAUCAGCUGUCUCCUGCAUUAAAUAAUUGGUGGAGGUUUCCAUUUGAUCUCCCUUUUCUACAGUGGGCAGCGUAAAGCUUUUAAAGCCUUUUAAACCACUGGAGAAACUCUAGGAAACAAAGCGACUUUUGGAAUCUGUUCUAAAUCAGAGUGGAACCUCUUCUGUUAUUUUGCUGUUGUUUAUGUGUUUGUUUGUCUGUUUUAAGGUAAGCAUGAGUUUAAUGAGUGCAAUUCCAUAAAUGCAGCAGGUUGUGGGAACCCAUUGCCAUAGCAUUGCUGAGAGAAUUGAAAUGUCAUCAACCUCAGCCUGCAGCACAUCCAGCAACUCACUUACCAUUAACUUGCGCCUCUUCUCAAUACUUACCAUUUUCUUUACAGGAGUUUAACUCUUAAUAAAUCCUCCUAGUUUUUAACAUUAUCUUUUUCUCUCUUUUUUUUUUUUUUCUUUUUGUAUUUUAUGUACUUGCGUCGUUUAUUUUGUUUAUGUUUUUGUUUGUGUUUAUGGCCAUGUUCCCAUUUCAGAGACCAAUGUCCUCUAACCGAUGAACAAUUGGUUUCAGGGUUUUCAGAUGUCAUCCUGGCAACAAUUUUGGCUACAAAGUCAGAUAUGUGUGGCAAAAAAUUUGAACUGAAGAUCGAUAAUGUUCGCUUUGUUGGCCACCCUACAUUGCUUCAGCAUGCCCUUGGGCAGGUAUCCAAAACGGAUCCUUCACCAAAGAGAGAGAUGCCCACUAUGAUCCUCUUCAAUGUUGUGUUUGCCCUGAGGGCCAAUGCAGAUCCAUCAGUGAUAAACUGCCUACACAACCUUUCCCGUCGGAUCGCCAUCGUCCUGCAGCACGAGGAACGCCGCUGCCAGUACCUGACCAGGGAGGCCAAACUCAUCUUAGCUAUUCAGGAUGAAGUGUCUGCCAUGUCAGAAACUACAGAAGGACCGCAGUCACCUUUUCAUCACAUCCUGCCCAAGUGCAAACUGGCCAGAGAUCUCAAAGAGACUUACGACAGUCUCUGUACAACAGGAGUGGUCCGGUUACAUAUCAACAAUUGGCUGGAAGUGAGCUUCUGCCUGCCUCAUAAAAUCCAUUAUGUUGCAACAAAUUUUAUUCCCCCUGAAGCGAUUGAGAGAAGCCUGAAAUCUAUCAGGCCUUACCAUGCCUUAUUACUUCUAAAUGAUGAGAAGUCAUUGCUUAAUGAGCUCCCCUUGGACUGCUCUCCUGCCCUGGUGAGAGUAAUUAAAACUACCUCUGCUGUGAAGAAUUUGCAGCAGCUGGCUCAGGAUGCUGACUUGGCAUUGCUGCAGGUUUUCCAGCUUGCUGCACAUCUUGUUUACUGGGGAAAAGCAAUUAUUAUUUAUCCGCUGUGUGAGAACAAUGUCUACAUGCUUUCACCAAAUGCCAGUGUCUGCCUGCAGGGAGAGCAGUCCCAUCUGCAGCUGCAUGUUGUGUAUUUGAAGAUGUGCCUACAUGCUGCCCAUCCCCACUCUUGUAGUCUCUCAGCCAUACAGUCCUGGCUCUUUGAUCACAGACAGCCCAGUUACUCUCCACUGGCAGAUGCAUUUUCCUGUCAGUUCCGGGGCCACAAUCUGCCAUCAAUGCUCUCCAAGUUCUCCCUCCCAGUGUCACUCUCAGAGUUCAAGAACCCUCUCGUGCCACCCGUGCAGGAGACUCAGCUCAUUCAAAUGGUGAUAUGGAUGCUCCAACACCGACUCCUCAUUCAGCUCCACACCUACGUCUGUCUGAUGGUGCCCCCAAAUGAAGAGGAGUUCCGUGCCCAGGAUGAAGACAUGCCCUUCACCGCCAGAGUUGGAGGCCGAAGUUUAAGCACCCCCAAUGCUCUUAGCUUUGGUUCUCCAACUAGCAGUGAUGACAUGACUCUGACAAGUCCCAGCAUGGAUAAUUCCAGUGCUGAGUUGAUACCUGGUGGGGACUCACCCCUGAAUAAAAGGAUGACAGAGAAUCUCCUGGCAAGCUUGUUGGAACACGAGCGGGAAGCUAUCCUCAAUGUCCCUGCUGCCCAAAAUCCAGAAGAUCUUCGCAUGUUUGCAAGGUUGCUUCACUACUUCAGAGGCCGACACCACUUGGAGGAGAUCAUGUACAACGAGAACAUGCGGCGCUCGCAGCUGCUGAUGCUGUUCGACAAGUUCCGCAGCGUGCUGGUGGUGACCAGCCACGAGGACCCAGUCAUUUCAGUUUUUCAGUCCCUCUUGAAAUGACUGCUAGUGGAAACCUGCCACGCUCUUGAUAUUCUACAAGAUGCCUAAAAGAGAGAAAUCCAGUUCCUUCUCAGCACACGGCAUACAGCAGGCUCUCUGCUGCCGUGCCUCCAUUUCACACCUCCCUAUGCGACAGCUCAGUUCUGUGUGAGGGGCUGUGUGCCUACUGCAGGGCAGCCUGAUUUGUGCCAUGCCACGCUCACAGCACAGGAGCUGCUGUCUCGCAGACCUUCCCUGGCACUGCUCCUUCAUUGAGAUAGGUGAGAGUGGUCCAUGACUUUUACUGGAGUGUUACUGACGUGUGGGUGGAUGCUUUGCACCAGAGGUCUUUCCCUGUUCUCCACCACCACUUAGCAGUGGGCACUGCUCAUGAGCAGCCUGUCCUCACUGCUUGUCCUCUGCUUAAGGACAGAGUGAAGUUGGCCUGGCUUUUAGGGGAAUGAUCCUGGGUACUGAGGAAUUAAUUCUGUCUGACCACUGUUCUCUGGAAGCAGUGGGGACAUAAAUAGGAAUGCAAAGUAUCACAAGUAAACAGUUUUGUGAACGAAAAC